UAGAGGACGAGACGAUCAUCAUGAUGUUUACUUUCGUUCAGUGACAUUACUUUUUGUUUAUUUAACAAUAUUUUAUUGAUUCUUUGUUUGCUAAAGCAUUAAAAUGGUGGCGGUGUGUUUCGCUGUAGACUGCGAUCAUAAGGCCAGACAAAGUUCUUGCAGUUUCUUUCGCUUUCCAACUACAAAAUUAGAAUACACUAUUUGGACAGUUCAGGCGCGACGAGGUGAUCGUGACCCAAGUUCAAAUGACCGACUUUGCAGUUGUCACUUUAAAGAUGGUAAAAAAGAAAAUGGACCUACAAUCUUUAAUACAAAUAGAGAUGAACUGACUGAAGCUGGACCUCAAAACAAAAAACAACGUACCAGUUCUAAAAAACGCCGUCAAACUACACCUAAAGUGAAGAAGAUGAGCAUCUCAGAGGCUGCACUUUUAGAAAAAGGAAUUGACUUCCAAACAGAGUUAAAUAAUAAAAAGAUUUAUGUCUCUUUCUCUAUAAUUGAAAGUGAUGAAAAUCUAGUUUUCUCAUAUACUGGAUUACCAAAUGCAAAAAUGUUCUACUCUUUAGUCAACUAUUGUAAGCGUUUUGACAUAGAGUACUUUUUUGAUAGUCAUCCUGUGACAAGCAUAGCAUUUCAAGAUCAAAUUUUCAUAACACUACAAAUUUUAAGAAAGAACUACUCAUUUCGUGAUUUUUCAAUACGUUACUCAGUACAUCAAGAUGUUAUUAAAAAUAUUUUCUAUACGUUUUUGCACAUAUUUCAUGAAGCUUUGUAUAAAUUUAUCAUAUUGAAAAAUAUACCAGAUUUGGACAAAAUUCAAAAAAUGUGCCCAUCCGAUGUGUUUUCAGACUGCAGAUUUUUGGUGGAUUGUAUUGAAGUAAACAUUGAAAAUCCAGAACACAUGAAAAUAAAGAGAAAAACGCCCAUAUUCUAUAUACAGGAGCAACCUUUUAAGGGUUUAAUAGCGGUGGCUCCAAAUGGUGCUUUAUGUUUUGCAAGUAAUUUGUAUCCCAAAGAGAUGCAUGAUAAAGAAGUUAUAAAAUGCAGUGGACUUUUAGAACUUCUGCAACAAAAAGAUCUCAUAAUUGCACACAGAGCACAUUCAAUUCACAAUUUGUUACCAAAAGGAGUUUCUGUAAAUAUUCCACCUUUCCUUUUAAAUGUAGUACACUCCGUUGGUGAGAUAAAAUACACAAGAACAAUUGAAAGAGCUUCUGUUCAUGUUCAAAGAUCUGUUGAAAGAAUUAAAUGUUUUUCAAUUUUACAUCGAAUUCCGAAUGAACUUGGUCCUUUAUCAUCUAUAAUUUUUCAAGUUUGCUCAGCUUUAGUGAAUUUUCAAUCGCCCUUCAUUAAAUUUAGUGAUGAAUUGUCAUGAUUAAGUUCAUUUCAUUGUUAAUUAUGUAAUUAUUUUUAA